GCAAUAACGCAAUGGCUUCUUCUUCUUUCCAUUUCCUUCUCUUCAUCUUCGGCUCUCUUUUCUUCUCCCACUCCUUAGCCAAAACGACAUCGUUCCGACCCAAAGCCCUAGUCCUCCCAAUAACAAAAGAUACUUCCGCAAACCAUAUCCAAUACCUCACCAAAAUCUACCAAAGAACCCCUCUAGUCCCCGUCAAGCUCACCGUCGACCUCGGCGGCGACUCCCUCUGGCUCGAUUGUGAUAAAGGCUACGUAUCGUCCUCCUACAAGCCCGCCUAUUGUGGCUCCGCCCCGUGCUCCCUCGCUAAAGCGCCAUGCAACAUGGGCAUGUGCCCUUCCGACCCCAAGCCCGGGUGCUACAAUAACACUUGCACUCUCAACGCCGACAACAACGUCGUGGACCUCGGCACGCCAGGCCUGGUCGGAAGCGAUGUCGUUUCUGUCCCUUCCACGGACGGAGCCAAUCGCGGAAGGGUCGUUUCGGUAACGAAAUUCAUCUUCACAUGCGCGCCUGCCUUCAUCACCAUUGGCCUCCCUAACGGCGUCAAGGGCAUCGCCGGACUUGGAAGGACUAAAAUCAGCCUUCCUUCGCAAUUCGCCGCCGCGUUUAGCUUCAGGCGGAAGUUCGCCGUUUGCUUGAGCUCUUCAACGAAAUCUAACGGCGUUUUGUUCUUCGGUGACGGCCCUUAUAACUUCCUCCCCAAAAUAGACGUCUCUAACUCUCUGAUUUACACACCGCUCUUAAUCAACCCCAAGAAACUUCCCGGUAUUGACAUCAAACAAGAGCCUUCACCGGAGUAUUUCAUCGGAGUAAAGUCGAUUAAGAUCAACGACAAAUCCGUCCCGUUGAAUACUUCUCUGCUACGUAUCGACAGAUUAGGUCGUGGUGGAACGGCAAUCAGCACCGUUGAUGCCUACACAAUCAUGGAGACAUCGAUCUACAAUGCUGUGGUUAAUGCAUUCGUCAAAGAGCUCGGUAAUCACGUGCGUAGGGCGGCUCCGGUGGAGCCUUUUCGGGCGUGCUUUAGCUCGAAAAACAUCGGGAGUACGCGGGUGGGGCCCGCGGUCCCAACCAUCGACCUUGUGUUGCAGAACAAGAAGGUGUAUUGGAGAAUUUUUGGUGCCAAUUCCAUGGUUAAGGUCAGCGAUGACGUUUUGUGUCUCGGAUUAAUUGACAGCCGCGACGUGGUGGGGAUGAGGCAUUCUAUAGCUAUUGGAGCCUAUCAAUUGGAAGACCAUCUUCUACAGUUUGAUUUAGCUACUUCACGACUUGGGUUCAGCUCGUCGUUGUUGUUCAGACAAACAACUUGCUCUAACUUCAAUUUCACUUCUAAUGCUUGACAGCUUUGUUUCAAUUAAAAUAUGAGAAAAUGAGGUCACAAUUAUUCUCUUGAAAAUCAUGCUGUAGAAUAAGUUAUAAAGUGAUUAAUAUA